AUGGUCACGAACGCCGGGGUGUUUCUUGUCCUGCUCCUCGUCACGGCUGUGCCUCCGCUGUUUAUUUACAACCCCGAGAAACACCCCGGGGAAUCGCUUGGGCCACCCCCAGCUGCCGGCAUCUUCUACGACAGCGCACCGAAUUUCUCGGUGCGGCAGAAGCUCUACAUACUUUUUACGCUGCCAGUGUGCGCAUUACUGAAUUCUCUGCUCGUGUACGUUACCUACUAUCGUCACCUUCGGCAUAUUCAGUUUAGAGCCGAGCUGAGCUUGGUGGCGCAUGCAAACCUAAAAACGGUUGUCAUGAUUUUUACCGAAGAGCAGCAGCUCAGUGAUUACAGCGGCGUGACUCCGGUGGGGGGUACUUGCAGCAGUAGGGGGCCAGCGAAUCACAACCUUCUUGCGGUGCGCUUUAACGGCAGCAAGGCCGGUCUCAAUUAUCCGUGCUUAGACAAUCAACAACAUGUUAGGCCGUCGGGCAUUUCUUUGGAUAGGUUAUCCACAUCGACAUGGUUUCCUGAGCUGCAGGAGUUGCAGGAGGCUGUUGAAGCACAAUUUCUUCGACGUGCAGAGGUGGCGCGGGCUGCCGCAUUUCAGUGUUUUUGCCAGGAGGUACUGACGCGCGUUGAGAAACGGAUGAAGCUAGAGGAAGGAAGCAUGGCAAACGGCAUUCGUCUGCUUCUGCAGCAGCAAACAGAGUGGGUGCCUGCGCCUAUGAUGCGGGUACACCUAAGGAGGAUUGAGCUGGAGCGGAGGCACACAAACGCCAAUGAAAACAACUUGGAAUCAGAGCCGUAG